GUGUCUUGUUUCAUAUACGCACGUGCCGUAAAAAUAAAGUUUCUUCAUUCUAUUAAAUUUGAUCUGAUUCCAGUUUUAACCAUACUUUUUUGCAUUAUUUCUUAUUAUCUAUUUUUUUGGGUAUAGUGUAUCUUCCAGAUAAUGUAGGACAAAUUAUAUUUUUCUUUAACCUUGACCUCACUGCAUUACAAUAUUUACCAAUUAGGCUGGAAAAAAGUAUAAACAUGGCAGCCGUGCGCGAUUUAGGACAUCGAGGGAACGGUGUAGAUCGCGUUCCAAGACCGUUUGUCAUUGGCGUGGCAGGUGGUACCGCAUCAGGAAAGGUCUUUUGUUUACAGUCAACAGUAUGUGAGAAGAUUAUGCAACAGUUAGGACAAACAGAUGUUGAUAGGAGACAGCGUCAAGUUGCUAUUAUUGGACAAGACUCAUUUUACAAAGUAUUAAAUGAUGCUGAAAAAGAACAGGCAGCUAAAGGACAGUUUAAUUUUGACCAUCCAGAGGCCUAUGAUUAUGACUUUAUGUUUGAAACAAUGUCAAAAAUUGUGCAAGGGAAAACAGUGGAAAUACCAUCAUAUGAUUAUGUCACGAAUUCCAGGAAAAGUUCGAAUCUUGCCAUUUAUCCGGCCGAUGUGGUCCUGUUUGAAGGGAUUUUGGUAUUUUAUUGGCCAGAGUUACGGAACAUGUUUCACAUGAAAUUGUUCGUCGAUACGGAUCCAGAUACCAGGCUAAGUAGAAGAGUUUUAAGAGACACCAAAGAGAGAUGUAGAGAUCUGGAUCAGACCUUGAAUCAGUACACAAACCUUGUUAAACCUGCUUUUGAAGAGUUUUGCCUUCCAACCAAAAAAUAUGCUGAUGUGAUAAUCCCACGUGGUGCAGACAACACAGUUGCAAUUGAUUUGAUAGUUCAGCAUAUCCAAGAAUUGUUACGUCCCCAACCACGUGAAACUACCAGACGAGCCAGGCAUAAUUCUGAUUCAUUUGUUGGAAGGCCACACUAGCAGUGUGUUUUAGUUUUUAAUGAACUUUAAAAUAUUAAAACAAUUUGUUGGAAAAUGGUGUCAAAACAAUAUUGACCUGUAAGUCAAGUGCAAUCAUUAUUGGGGUGUAAGAUAGAUUGUUCAAAUCAUGAUGCAUUUUUAACAAACCAAGUCAUUUUUGUGCAUUUUACUCCACAGUAGUGUAUUUGAGUUGUUUCCCUUUGUUCGUAUAGGCUGGACAAUUUGUGAAGCAACAUUUCUCUACAGAACCAUAUUUAAGUACUGAAGAAUAAGGCAGUUACCUCCCUUUUAUAAGAUCAACCAUUGGUACUUAAGGUAUAAACAGUUAAAAUAUCUGCAAGAUGACAAAUUACUUUCGAAAUGUAUGUAUUUAUAUAUUGAACUGUAAUGUUUAAGAUUUUAGGACCUUGAUUAAGUGAUUCCAAGAACAAUUUUGUUAAUUUUAUCAAUUUUAUAAUUUAUAUAUACAUGUUAAUCUCACAAAAAAUCCAGAGAUAAAAUUUAUAGGCGUAUGUUUAGAAUUUCAUAUAGACAUAAAGACCAGAUGAUAAUAAUAGAAAACAAAUUUGAUGACUCUUCACCCCCCCCCCCACACACACACACUUUCCCACAUGUUUUUGGUUUAAAUGUUUCUGUAAACAUAUUUCAAGAUAAUGCAAAGUUUAAUGGUAUUUGAGUGUGUAUAGUAAAGGUUUCGAAGAUCUCAUGUUUAGGAAUUUGUCUAGAUGACAGUUUCAAUUGUUUUAUUCUGUAAGAUUUUUUUACAAAUAUUUAUUGAGUUGGUUAUCAUUUUGAUUAGACAGAUUUUGUUAUGGUUUACUCCCAAUUGUUUCCUCCUCCAUAGUUUGUAUUUUUCAUGAUGUACAUUACAUGAUUCAUUCCAUUGAAGAUUGAUUUGUUCAUAUAUAAUCUAUACUCUUUCAUUCAUUAUCAAGGUUUCUUCAUGUGUAUAGAAACACUUCAUUUACAUUGUCUCUUUUAUUGUCAGAUCUUAUGUUGUCAGAUUUAUCUCAAAAUUGCAUUGUUUUUCAUGUUUUAUCUGUAUUUAAUUUGUGUAUUCAUUAAUUUGUGUAUUCAUCUUCAUUAAUGUCCAUUUUGUGUAAAUUUUUUAUUAUUUGAUUUAAAAAUCUGUAUAGGGUAUAAGCUACAUUGUGUUCAUGCGGUGGUUGUUAUGGAACAUACAGUGUGACAUGUACAUGCCAUUCCAUAAAAUGCACCGUAACAGCGGGCGGAAUUUCGGAGGUUAUGAAGUCUCAUUUUGUUUGGGAAAUUACAUUAUUUCUAAACUGUUUGAUAGAAAAUGAAAUAAAAAGUGUCAUAAUAAUAAUAAUUAAAUCUAUUUUUCUACGAAAGAAGAUUCACAUGACUGACACCUCAAUUAAUAUUUUGAUAGUUACAUUGAAUGAUAAAGGCUACAUUAAACAUUAAAUUUAAAAAACAGAACAAUAUAGUACUUCAGGCAUUGAGACAUCAGUAUCAGGUCACAUAGCAUUAAUGUAGGGCAAAAAUGUAUCAGCGGGUCUACUUUUUCAAUUAAAUCAUUAAUUGUGAUCAUCCAUGUUUAUACUUCCAAUAUCCAUGCGCCCAUUCAUCAAUAUUAUGGUGAAGUAUUAAAUAAUCCAGAUUUUCUUGCUAAAGGAAACAAGGACUUGACCCUGAUAGGGUUUGAACCAAUGCGGCUAGCGAUCAUUAGAUUACUACUCCUACACAUUAACCACUUUGCCAUGACCGAUUUGUGUAUAGCCUUAUUUUUUUUUAUUAGUGUACAAGCUUAUUUAUUAGAUUUGUGUAUCAUGUUAAUUUUUGGAUUUUGUAUUAUCUAAGCUGAUGGAUUUUUGAUAAUUUAAAAUGUUGAAUUUCAGUAGAAUCCUUACUGUUGGAAUUGUGUAUAAUUGUAAUUGUUGGACUUCUGUGUGAUCUGAGUUUUUAGAUAUAUUAUUGAUGUACAUGGUUUGAUUUAUUCACUAUGUAUAUUUAUCACACACUCAUGCCGAUUUUGCGACUCCGUAAAUCUGAUAUUGCAUGGCCGUGCAUAUAUUUUGACGUGACGUCAUUAGCGUUAUACAAACAUAUGUAAAGACGCGCUAAAUGUUAGCGUUAUACUAUAGGGUGUCAAUGAAAAAUGACUCUUAUUUCACUUAAACCGGUUUUUAUUUUGGGUAUGUGAUAAAUAGAAAAUUAAAUUCGUGUAAGUUCAAUACUGAAUUUAUUGCACUCGUUGAAUAAGAAAAUAUUAUGCUCGCCAGAGGCUCGCAAAAUAUAAUUUUAUUCAACUCGUGCAAUAAAUUCAGUAUUGAACUUACACUCAUUCAAUAUCCUCUAUUUCUUUUUAUUAUUUUUUUUUUUUUAAACUAUCAUUAUUUGAUUCACCUACGUAUAUUUUAGUUCACAUGAGCCUGAGCACAAAGUGCUCACAGGUUUGUGUUUAGAGGUGAACUUUUGUGAUGGAAGUUUGUCCGUUGUAUGUUUACCUAAUUUGUAUCUCCUCUAGAACCACUCGGUAGAUUUUGACGAAACUUCACAGGAAUUAUUCUUGGGUUCCCCCUGUAUAAGUUAAAUAAAUGUUUUUUUGUCUGAUGCAUUAUCAAGUCAAUAAAUUUAAAAACCUUCAAUGUCCAGAACUACGACAAAUGGCCUGUAACAUAAGCUUGUGGUCAUCUGAGGUCAAGACAGUAGUAUCCCUUUAUUGCUCUCUAUUUAGAUUAUAACCUAUAAUUCCUUGUGGUCAAAAUUCUGGCCAUCCCUCGAGUUAAUAAGCUGAUUUAUACUUGUAUUAGAAAACACUUUAAAGUCUUCAUUAUAUAGAACUUUAAUGUCCAUGACUUUUAUUUUUGUAAUGUAGCAUUGCUAUGUUAACCUUUACAGAAGUGGCAUAUAUCAUAUCCUCCAGCUUCAGGUCAUUAAAUAUACAUGUAUACAAUUAUAGAGUUACAUAGUUAAACAAAUAUAAGCUUUCUAGUGGGAAAUAACAAUGCCAAGAGCUUAGAAUUCAGGGAUUUUUUCCAAGAUUUUGGGAAUACGACCCAUAUCCAUGGAAUUGGGAAUUUCAGCGAUGUUUUGUUCAAAAUUGAGAAAAAAUGCAUGACUGAAUUUUUACAGUGAUUAAAUGGAUGCAGACAACUACUGUCUAUGAUGGCAUCUUCAAACAUUUAAGCACUAUUACAGUGAAGAAGCCUUUAUUUUCAAAAGAUUUUUUGAAUUUUUAUUCAAUAUUUUUAUUUUUUAACUUUCAAUUGGGAAUUUUUUCCUGUGGAUUGGGAAAAUAAUAUACUAUUUUCUAUUGGGAAUAUGACCCAAUAACGGCUAUAAAAUGAGCCAAAAAAAUCCCUGUAAUUAACAAUGCCAAGAGCUAAGAUAUUUAGUAUGUAGUAUUUCCUAGCAGCCAUGUUGAAAUGUUUUGAUAAAUUAUGCAGCUUUAAUUAAAAAUGACAACCUAAAGUGACCUAACUACUAAAUUUUGCAUUGAAGAAUUAUGACCUUUUCUAGCAAUGUAUCUCAGGUGAGCAAGGGCUAUCAUCAUUCUCUUUUUACAUAUUCAAUUGUAUUGAUUGUUAAUAUUCAACCAUCAUUUGUACAUCCUAAAUCUACAUUAAACAUUUUAAAAUUUUUUGUGUCUAAUUGACAAUAAAAACCUUUUGAUCA